ACCACCAAGACCUACUUUCCUCACUUCGACCUGAGCCACGGCUCCGGCCAGAUCAAGGCCCACGGCAAGAAGGUGGCGGACGCGCUGACCCGCGCUGUCGGCCACCUGGAGGACCUGCCUGGCACUCUGUCUGAGCUGAGCGACCUGCAUGCUCACAGGUUGAGGGUGGACCCCGUCAACUUCAAGCUCCUGAGCCACUGCCUGCUGGUGACUCUGAGCAGCCACCUCCGUGAAGAUUUCACCCCUUCCGUCCACGCUUCCCUGGACAAGUUCCUCAGCAGCGUUAGCACCGUGCUGACCUCCAAAUAUCGUUAAGCUGGAGCCCAGGAGAGGCGCCACCGGUCUUCCUCCCCUCCCUGCACGUGCCUCCGAGUCUUUGAAUAAAGUCUGAGUGGGCGGCAACCUGGUGUGG